AUGGCAUUAACUCCCAUGAAUAUAAUUCUCGAUUCCUUUACAAAAGACUCCGAUUCAAUAGAAAGUUCAGAAAGGGUUUGGUUUAUGGGUUCAUAUGCGCUAACUGUGGGUACAUUUAUAUUAAUCUCGGGUAGAUUGGGAGAUUUAUUUGGUUUAAGACGGAUGUUGCUAGUCGGUUGGGCGUGGAUUGUAGUCUGGGCAAUAGUAACUGGUCUUUCAUAUUAUAGCCAUUCAGUCAUAUUUUUCAUUAUCUGCAGAGCAUUCCAGGGUAUAGGGUUUGCUCUUAUCUUGCCUUGCGCUUUGGGUAUAUUGGGUAACAUUUACCCAAUAGGUGAUAGAAAGAACUUAGCAUUUGGCUGUGUUGGUGCAUCUGGGCCUAUUGGUGCCACACUUGGGGCUAUAUUUGCAGCCAUACUUGCUCAGCUAGCAUGGUGGCCAUGGGUAUUUUGGAUAUUGGGGAUAGUGGCCUGUAUUUUGGGUAUUGCAUCUUUCUUUAUCAUUCCAAACAACAUCUCAAAUGUAAAUAGUAAGCUUGGUAGAAAAGAAAAAUUAAAGAGAAUGGAUAUUUUGGGUUCUACAGUCGGUAUAAUCAGUCUAGUAUUAUUCAACUUUGUCUGGAAUCAGGGUCCAGUUGAAGGUUGGGGUACAGCCUACAUUAUUGUACUUUUAAUUGUAUCUUCAAUUGGAAUAGUAUUAUUUUUCUACAUUGAAUUAAAAGUUGCUGAAUAUCCAUUAUUACCAAAGUCAAUAUUCAAUUUCAAAAUUGGUCUUUUAUUGCUGUGUAUCAGCUUUGGCUGGGGAUCAUUUGGUAUUUGGCAAUAUUAUUAUUGGAGUAUUGUAUUAAACUUGAGACACUACACGCCAAUUGCAGCUGGUUUGACCUAUAUCCCAUUUUUUGUAUUGGGUAUCAUUGCAGCUCUUUCUGUUUCUGUCUUGAUUUCCAAAAUUAAACCCUCAUACAUUAUCUGUUUUGCUUCUGUGGCCUUCAUGUGUGGAUGCAUUAUGUUGUCCAUUAUGCCAAUUGACCAGUCGUACUUUCAAAUCUCUAUGGGCCAAAUGUUUUUGCUAGCUUGGGGUAUGGAUCUAAGCUACCCUGCUGCAGCCUUGAUUUUGUCAGAUUUCUUACCCCUUCAUCAUCAAGGGAUGGCUGGUUCGUUGGUCGCAACGGUCGUUAAUUAUUCAGUUUCAUUGUUCCUAGGAAUUGCAAGUACUGUGGAAAUAGAAACUAUGAAGCAUCAUCAUAACACGCUAAAAAGUUAUAGAGCCGCGAUUUACAUGGGCAUUGGCGUGGCCUUCCUCGGAGUUUUAUUCGCUAUUAUUUUCAUAAUUGCUCAGCAUGCAAAAAGGGACCCUGACCCUGAAGUCACUGUGGUUAAGGAGCUUUCUGUCAGUGAUAUCGAUUCAAAUUUGAAAGAAGUAAAACAACCACUUGAUAUAUAG